CGCGCCACAAAGGGCCCGCGCGCAGCCGCCGCCGCCGCCGCCGCGCGAGGAGCCAGGAUGGUCCUGGUCCACGUCGGCUAUCUCGUGCUUCCAGUGUUUGGCUCUGUGCGAAACAGAGGUGCCCCCUUUCAAAGGUCUCAGCAUCCUCACGCUACCUCCUGCCGCCACUUCCACCUGGGUCCCCCGCAGCCGCAGCAGCUCGCCCCCGACUUCCCGCUGGCCCACCCCGUGCAGUCGCAGCCGGGCCUCAGCGCCCACAUGGCCCCGGCCCACCAGCACAGCGGCGCCCUGCACCAGUCGCUGACCCCGCUGCCCACCCUGCAGUUCCAGGACGUCACAGGUCCCUCCUUCCUACCUCAGGCCCUGCACCAGCAAUACCUCCUGCAGCAGCAGCUCCUGGAAGCCCAGCACCGCCGGCUCGUCUCGCACCCCAGGCGGAGUCAGGAGCGUGUGUCUGUCCACCCCCAUCGCCUCCACCCCAGCUUCGACUUCGGCCACCAACUGCAGACACCUCAGCCCAGGUAUUUGGCUGAGGGCACUGACUGGGAUCUCAGUGUGGAUGCUGGCUUGAGUCCUGCUCAGUUCCAGGUGCGGCCCAUCCCUCAGCACUAUCAGCAUUACCUAGCGACUCCUCGAAUGCACCACUUUCCCAGAAGCUCCUCCUCUACGCAGAUGGUCGUCCAUGAAAUCCGAAACUACCCUUACCCUCAGCUUCACUUCCUUGCUCUCCAGGGACUAAAUCCCAGCAGACACACCUCCGCUGUGCGAGAGAGCUACGAGGAGCUUCUGCAGCUGGAGGACAGGUUGGGAAACGUGACUAGAGGAGCUGUACAGAACACCAUUGAGAGGUUCACCUUUCCCCACAAGUACAAGAAGCGAAGACCCCAGGACAGCAAGGGCAAGAAGGAAGAGGGGGAGGAGUCAGACACAGACGAGAAAUGCACAAUUUGUCUGUCUAUGCUCGAAGAUGGAGAAGAUGUGAGACGCCUACCCUGUAUGCAUCUCUUCCACCAACUGUGCGUGGACCAGUGGCUCGCCAUGAGCAAGAAAUGCCCCAUCUGCCGAGUGGACAUUGAGACACAACUGGGAGCCGACAGCUGAGGGAGGGAUUAGCCAGUGGACGCCCCAUUUCCUUCACCAGGUCCCCCCACGGCCAUAGCCCUUGCAGCCAAACUUUGCCUUCUGAGCCAUUUGACGUAGAGGAAAGCCUGCAAGCACAUUUGUGGAAGGAGGAGCCGGUGGUAUCAGUGUUUGAGGGAAAGGAGAGGGUGGGGAGGGCCCGCCCGUCCAGAAUGGUGACUGUCCCCGUCCGCCUGGCUGUGCAGGAGGGAGGGAGCUGGCCGUGCCCAGAGCAGGGGCGGGAAGGGGGGGCCCAGGAUGCUGAGAACCUAGGUGGGAUCCCGAAGGCACUAGCUGGUAGACCGGCCCCUCAAUCCUGUCCUUCGAAGGAUUGUAUAUAUACCUCUCGACCACGUAGGAACCAUGUAGGGGUCGCUAGCUAUUUCUGUGGACGGCAGCCGGAGCAUGUUAGCUUAAGAAAAAUGUUGUGUGUGGUGCUCUAGUCAUCUUGUGGUGGACAUGUCCUAUUCCCGAAUCCGCACCAAAUAUUUCUCACUGAGUUUCUUAUUUUGGUGCCUGACUGAACCAACCCACGACAGCCCCAGUCUUCCCGUCUUUACGAGAGAAAAGGAAAAAGGAAUCAAAGGUGGAAAAAAAAAAAAGCCAAAUCCUGUUUACGGUGAAAAAGGAUGAUAUUUUUUCACCCAGUUUGGGAGGCGGGAAGGGGAUUUCUCGUUCUGUUUUUGUUUCCGUGUUUCCCUUGGCUUUUAUUUUUCUCAUGUUUACAGUGCACGGAGUGUGGAAGGGGCAUCUGAGAAAGGGAGGAACAGGAGCUGAUGGGGUCUCUCCCGGGCCUCUGGGGUUCGGCCGGGGCGAGGAAGGCAGAGUUCCAGCAGUGAAGGGGAGUUUGUCUGGGGAGGACUUCCCGGUCCCAGGGCUUGGUCCCAGCUGUCCCCACACCCUGGUUCCACACUGGACCAGGGAGGGCCCAGCCUUCUGCUCCAGCUGCCCCUGUGUUCCUGGGACCCUGGAGACCCAUGCUUACCGCCACUCCUUCCUUUAGGCUGUGCCCUUGCCUGCCACAAAGAGGCAAUGUCGCCACUGCCUCCCUAUGCAAAAAAUCAACCAGAUGAUACAGGCAAGAUAGCGUGGGUGAUGCACACUUGGUCUUGUCCAGAGUGCUCUUGCCAGCACUCAGGGCCAAGGUCAAGCAGGUGGGCCUUGAGGAAGUCCUUGUGCUUCCCGGGGGAUGUCUCCAGCCUGAUCCAGUCCCUCAGAGAUGGCCCCAGCUCUGAAGCCACAUUGACUGGGUUUGGGAGGCCCUAUGUCCUUAGCCUCUGGCUCCUUCUCUGACUCUUUGAUAACCUUGGGCAAGUCCCUUCCUUUCUCUGUGCCUCAGUUUCCUUCUCCUAUGAGUGGGGAGAAACAACAGUGCACCCCCAUUUCCAGCCCCUCUACCUCACCUAGAUGUUGUGAGGAUUAACACUCUCUGUCCAACAUGUUCUAUGCUCUCUCCUGGGAACCUCUUGGGGUUUAGGGAUGAAGGUGCUGGGAGACACAGACCUGGGAGUUCCAAGUGACACCGUGCAGUGUGUCUUUCUGCACCACCCCACAAUUUUUCUGAACCCCAGAGGGAGCAGAGAGAUGGCAGCUCAGAAGAAUGGAGACAGGAAAAUCCACCAAAUCCCAACCCAAACUCAACUUUCUUGACCCAUAUGGGGAAAGCACCAGGUCGGCUGGAAUUCUGCAGUCUUCCUUUGCCCCUCAAGCCCCUCCUCUUCCCCCAUUUGCACUGCUCUCAAAGCCUCCCCCUCCCUCAACCCCUAACCCUAUAUCAAUGCCCUUAUAUCCAUGAGACCAAGGGCGACAGGAUACUUGUUGCAUAUUUUAAGAAUUCCAUACGAUGAAGGAAAUUCGAGUCUGUAUUGCUGCUACCAAGGGUAGAACCAGGAUCAAUGGGUAAAAAUGACAGGGAGUCAGAUUUGGGCUUGAGGUAGAGCCUUCUGACACAACCGGCUCAUGGGGCAAUGGCUGGUCUGUCCCUCAGGCAGAGGGUUGGGGGGAAGUGGCUCCCAGUGGGAGGUUACUCAAGAAAGUUAGACUAAAUCCUCUCCCAGCACUAAUAUCCUGGUGUUCUAUAAAAUCUUUAUUGAGUGCCUACUGGUGCAAGUGCUGGGGAAGACAAUAGCAAGGAAGGCAACGUCCCUGCCUUGAGGAACUUAGUCUAGUCGAAGAGACAAGACACAUCCAAUAGUGCAAAAUGGCCAACAGUCUAAAAUUCAGGGUUAGCAGCAAUGAGCACCACGUGGUCCAGUUCAGUGGUUGCAGUUUGCAAACAAUCCCACCAGAGGAGAAAGUGCACCUGAGUCAGGAUUUGGGAGAAAGCAAGUUCCUAAUAGGCACAAGAAGUUGGAAAUUCUGCCCCAUUCUCUCUCAUGGCUGGGCCCAAACCAGGAAUCCAUCAGAAGAUGGCUUUGGCUUGGAGGUAGCCAGGGUGGUCCAGGAAGGUCCUUCCUCUCCUAGUCUCAGUCUUUGGCUCUUUCUUCUGUGGCUGGCCUGAAAGGUGGCAGUCGUAAGGGAGACAGCAGGGAGGCCAGAAUGGAACUAGAACUGGUGUCCCGGGUUCCAGCCUUGGCUCUUCCCUGACUAAGUGGGCAAUGCCAGGAAUCCCCCUUUGUCUCUCUGGGCCUCAGUUUCCCCAGUGGUAACACCAGGAGGUUGGACUGGAUGCUUGCUGAAUCUCUAACACUCACACUUUGCCAUCCUCCCUAACAUCAACACAUCUUCUUUCAAGUCUUUAGAGCCCUGCGCCCGCCAAGCUGUGGAAAAGGACUUUCUGUGGGCGCGCACAUCUGUUUCGGAGGCUGAGGGCACAUGUGCUGAGUGAGGGGGUGGGGCCUGGUCCCCUCCUCCCUCCCGAUUCUCUGCCCCAGGCUGACACUGGGGACAGGGUGGGGAUCACCCAGAGAGGAGAGGCACGCUGCUUAAUGUGGGGGCAGAUCCUGCAGCGCGCCUCCCCUUCCCAUCUCCUUGUCCCCUGCAGGUGGGGACAGGAGGCGGCCGGCACUCAGAGCCCUCCUUGCUCCCACUUCCUCAGCCGGGCAGCCGUUUGGGUGGGAGGAGAGGAUCGGAUCUGCACUUUUGCUCCCUUGAGGUCCCUCCCGGUGAGGACACUGGGGAAGAGCAGAGAAGAGGCAGGAUGGCAGGAUCGGGCCUCAGCAUCUCACAUCCACCACUUCCAGGAGGGGACACCACCUGACGCCCUCCUCCUGCUCAACUCAAGGGACUUAGACCCUUUCCUGACUGAGACGCAUGAGUGCCUUCUGGGGCAAAAGCGACCCCAGGGUUCACGCUGGGCGUCCUCGCCGCAGCGGCAGUCCUGCCUUGCGGGUCCACCAGGGACGCCAAUCAAUCAACCCAAUGCCACAAGCCCGGCUGGGCGCAGCCCUAGGGCGGUCAGGGGGCCACGGCUCCCCCACCUGGCCAGGACCCCCUCCGGCCCCCUGUCGCCGUUGGCCACCACCUGUGGCAGGACUCAAGCUCCUCUUCUGCAAAUGUUCCCAGCCUCCGUGCAAGUAUUCUUAACUCUUUACGCCUAAUGAACAAGCACAGUUUUUUCAAUGGUGAAGAAAAAGCACCAGACUUUUUUUUUUUCCUGAAAAAAAAAAAAAUCCCCUAAGCCCCCCGCCUGCCGGCGGGACAAACACUCCCCGCGUGGGGCUGUAGCAACGUCUGUCGGGUCCCCUCGUGUUUCAUCUCCUGCGCGCGUAGAGCAAAUGCUAGAGCGAUUUCAGCUGAUAGAAAAACAAAAAUGAAAAAAAAAAAACACAAAAAACAAAAAACAUGGCACGUUGCUAGUUUACAGGGUUUUGUGAGUUUAAAUGCCUUAUAUUUAACAAUCAUAAUUUAUGACUAACUUGUAGAUAUUGUGGGUUCUUAUUUAAUUAUUUUUAUAGUUGUUUUGCAUUUUUAAUUAUAAUUUAUUUAUUUAGAAAGGAUACUAAUUUUUUUUAUUACUCCUAUUACCUCAUUUUGGCGUUGUUUCUGGGAGUGGAAUGCUUUGCAUGCAUUGGUACGAUGACAAACAACUAUGAAUACAAAAAAAAUUUAAAUAAAAUUCCGCAAACUUUAUUUCGUCCAAACUAUCAGGGUGUGUGAUUGCAAGGUGUCCUACUGUGGUGCUGGCCUCUUUGGAUACAUUCCAUACGAAAUGCAAACCUUUGAUUCUGUAUGCUGUGAUCUAGUGAAAAACUCCAAUAUAGUGACUGUAUUUAGCACAUAUAUGAAUAUAAUUUGCACUCGUCAGCAGACUGGGGUAAUCCUUUCACUUACUGCCCUUGGCACCCCCCCAUCCUCUUCCAUCAUCAUUAACCUGCUUUUCCUUCUUCCUUCGCCCCUCCCACAACCUCAGCCCUCCCCCUCCCCCCGGCCACUGUCCUCUGAGGAAGGUCACCAGGCACUGGGGUCACUGUCUCCAUCUGGGCUCCACCACUCGGUCGUUCCAGAACUGGAGCCCUUCGGACAUUACCAGCAGGAGCAUCUGAAAGCCAAAAAGCCCGGCCUAUUAGCACGAGCCUGCACCAGGGGGCCAGGAGGCUUGGGUUUUCAGACCAGCUCUAUGACAGACUUCCCCGUGACCUUGAGCAAGUCCCGUGGCCUCUCUGGGUCUCAGUGUUCUGGGCUGGGCUGAGGGAAGAGAACUGAUGGAUCUUCAGGGUCCCUCUGGUUCCAAUAGAAUAUGGCACAGACCCGGUGGGGAAUCGCUGUGCUGAGCUAUCUCACCCCCUCGGGAGAGAAGAAAGGGAAGGAGAAAGGAUGGAAGGGGGAGGAAAGGAGAGGAAAGAGAAAGAGAAGAAUGGAGACAGUGGACUGAGAAUUUAUCUAGUGGAUUGCUCUGAGGAGACAUCCAGGAGAGUUUUUGUCCUUUUAUUUGUAGUAUCCUGUGGGUGACAGGGAGAUAAGUCAGGUGACAUAUCCCUGGAUAUGGGAUGUGCCCAUUCAUAAGGUGUGGACAGUUAUUUGGAGAGUGAGCUGAAAUCCAUGGCUUGUUAGCUAUGGGGAUGGGGUAUGCAGAAGAGAAGCCCCAAGCUAUGGUGUUUGGGAUGAGCACCCCCAUCCUGUGCUCUCCAGAGUGCUUGUUGUUGAGAUGCCACCCAUUGACAACAGAUGGGGACAUAGAUUUUGGAAUUACAGUCUCCUCUCCAGCAUCUCCUCCUUUACCUUCUGCCUUUGCUCCAUGGGGGCUGUGGGCAGGAGGGGCUGCCAUGGAGGGCAGGGGUGGGCCUCCAGUCUUGCUGCUCCUGUAGAUGGGGGAGGACUUGGGGCAGUGGCCUCAAAGGCUGGCAUGGUGAUGAGCUUUGUGCCUUUGAGCCAAAAGGAGACAGAAGGUUCUCACCCCCAGGAAGACCCUGUGAGCAGGCUGGGCCCCUGGCAUGUCAGCCUUCCUCCCACCCCUCCUCCUCCCUUUCCUUCCCAGCUUGUCCUCCCUCUUGUCCCUUAGCAUCACUGCCUUUGCCUGGUGGGGUGAGGCCCCAUGGGGAUGGUGCUGAUAUGGGGGGGAGGGAGUGGAGACGGAGAUUCGCCACCCAGUCCCGCUAGGCUCAUGUGAGCCACCGGGCCAAGUGUGGGCCCUAAGCCCCAACUCUGCUCCGGCCAGGCGAGCAUGCCCGUCUCUGGGCUUCCUGCCUGCUGUCUGCCCGGCUGCCCCUUCUGCCUCCACCCUGGAGCCUUGCUUUCCUGUGGAGUCCCCGGCCACCCUGGUGGGAGCACGGCCACCACACUGCCAGGCCUGGCAGACACUUCCCCCUCGGCAGGGCUCCUGGACGGGCAUGCCUUAUGCUGCUCUGCAGGGUCAGAGUGGGAAGGGGCCCUUUCCCCUGGCUGGCCUGUGGUCCCCCCUUGAACCCCCUUAACACCCACCCCAACCGCCCCUUCUCCCAUCCCCACCUCCCACCCCCACCCCUGGCCUCGGAUGCGGCUCAUUUCCCAGCUCUGGAGCCAGCCGCACCGGGCCCUCAAGGGGGUAAUUUGGUUGCCCCUGGUAAGUGAAAGGAUUAUCCUCAGUGUUGAUUGUCCUUUUUUGUAAUCCUCCUGCUGUUCUGUUCUGUUGUGCUGUGCAACAUUUUGCUACAUAGACUAUUUUAUAGCAGAAAGCUAGAAGAAUAUUUAUUAUGAAUAUUAAAGCAAUAGUGCAUCAAUGAAAGGCGGAGACAUUAGGAAUUGUGUAAAUGCUUAGAUUCACUUUUGGUGGAUUUUUUGUACUUUAUUUAUAACUAAUAAAAAUGAACUGCAUUGCUAACUACA